AAGCUGCUUGAACUUUUUUCUUUGACAUGUCCUCUUGGCUAAGUUGGCCGGUGUCGAGAAGAACACACUUUUAAUUUUUAACGCUAGUAAAGAAAGAAAUUAAAGAAAUUUUACAUCUGCAUAAGUUUUACCACACGCAUUAUGAGUUCCCUAGAAGAACCAUGAGAUAAAUAUGAAACCAACGUUUGAGUUAGUUACAACUGUUUCUUUUAAAAACGUUUCCGCGCACCCUAUGCUUCUUCAAGCUUUAGAACACUGUGUCUUUCGCUCUUGUAAUUGAAAUAUCCGCCAUAAGAAUGAAUUUUCUCGCGCUGGGUUUGUCUCUGUGUCUUGUUCUUUCGAGUUUCCAUGGCGUUUCUUGUCAGGAUGAUGGUGCUGCUAGUAGGUUGAGUCAUCUGGAUCUAAUCGAACGUGAGUACCAAGGUAAGCCAGUACUCAGAAUCAUCAAAGUGUCCAUCUUUUCUGGUUUCUUGAAUUAUUUGUUUUCUUCAAUCGCAGAUAGUGUCAAUGCUCUUCAAGGCAAGGAAGAUCAGUCUGCAAGUAUUCAGAGUGAGAACCAGAAGAACACUACAGCGACUGAUAGGAACACUAUUUCUCUGUCUCUAUCAGAUGAAUCUGAGGCUGGAGCUGUGAGUGAUGAAAGUGUUAAGAGUUCGAGUCUGUUGGAUGACAUAGAACUUGAAAUUGAAGCUCAUCUCAAUGGUCUUAACCAAGCUGGAUCCGCUGAUGUUAAUGCUGAAUCCAAAUAUGAUCAAGUAUUAUAUGCUAAGAGACAGAAGAUGUUGGAAGACAUCGAACGCGAUUUUGAAGCUGCUUCAUCAGCAAGUUUGGAACAAAUAAAGACUGAUGAAUUAAGUGAAGGAAUUGAUGAGCAACAAUCUGCAAAGACACAAAGUUUGCUGGACGAGAUCGAACGCGAAUUUGAAACUGCUACAAAAGAUCUUGAACAACUAAAGGUUAAUGACUUCACUGGGGACAAGCUUGACGAAGAACAAUCUGCAAAGAGAAAAAGCAUGCUUGAAGCUAUUGAACGCGAGUUUGAAGCUGCUGUUGAAGGCCUUGAAGAACUAAAGGUUUCUGAUUCUACCGGAAGCAAGGAUGAUGAAGAACAAUCUGCAAAGAGACUAAGCGUGCUGGAAGAGAUUGAACGGGAAUUCGAAGCUGCUACAGAGAGCCUUAAGCAACUUCAAGUUGAUGGUUCGAGUGAAGACACAGAACAAACUGGAAAGAGGCAAAGUAUGCUUGACGAGAUUGAACGUGAAUUUGAAGGUAUCAUUAUAUCAAUUGAAAUAAAACUAAACAUGAAGAAUGUUAUGCUAAGAAUGUGUCUACUUGCAGCUGCUACACGUGAUCUUAAGCAGCUAAAUGAUUUCACUGAAGGAGCUGAUGAUGAACAAUCUGCAAAGAGAAACAGUGUAGUAGAAGAGAUGGAACGUGAGUUUGAAGCUGCUACAAAAAAACUUAAUUAUUUAGCUGAAGGCAGUGACAAUGAAGAACAAUCUGCAAAGAGGAAGACUAUGCUUGAAGAGAUGGAACGUGAAUUUGAAGCUGCCAUUGGAGGUCUUAAACAGAUCAAAGAUGACGAAUCUAAGUACACUGAAGAACAAGCAUCUAAGAGAAAGAUAAUGUUGGAAGAGAUCGAACGCGAAUUCGAAGAAGCUCGAAGUGGCUUUAGCACAAAUGCUAAUAAAGAAGGAUCUGCAAAGAAACAUAGUAUUACAUUAGAGUCUCUUGGACUAGGACAGUCAGGUGUCUGUGGCUGUUUUAAUCAAGACAAAGCUGGUUUAAAGCAAGACGAAGAUGCUUCAAUCGCUAUAUCAACAAAAUAUAGCAUAGAAGAGAUCCUCACUGAAGAAUCUUCACUCCAGGGCACAGAUACUUCUUCUAGUCUCACUAAGUCUUUGACUCAACUAGUUGAGAAUCACAGGAAAGAAAAGGAAUCUCAUAAUGUGCACACUUCAUCCACAAGUGAAUCAGCAGCCACAUCAGAGACUGUAGAGAGCCUUAGAGCUAAACUGAGAGAGCUUCGUGGCUUAACCGCUCGUCAGCUCGUGACACGCCAAGAUUUUGAGAGCAUUAUCCUUAUGGCUGCAACUUUCGAAGAGCUAAGCUCAGCUCCCAUCAGUUACAUUUCUAGGUUAGCUAAAUACGGAAACGUCAUAAAAGAAGGACUUGAAGCUUCUGAGAGAGUCCACAUGGCAAAGGCAAGAGCCACAAUGCUCAAAGAGACUUCCAGGGAGAAGCAGAUCUUCGUGGACGCUAACUUCGAAGAGGCUAAGAAGCUUGCUCAAAGAGGAGACGCCUUGUACGUUAGAAUCUUUGCGAUCAAGAAACUGUUGAAGAAGCUUGAAACUGAGAGAGAAUCUGUUGAUGUGAUGUUUAAGGAGAUUGUGAAAGGUCUUUCUCAUCUUCUUGUUGAUGCUUCUGAGGCCUAUGAAGAGUAUCAUGGAGCUGUAAGGAAGGCUAAAGACGAGCAAGCAGCUGAGGAGUUUGCGAGAGAGGCAACGCAGAGUGCAGAGAUGAUAUGGGUUAAGUUUCUUAGUUCUCUUUAGAGAACAGUUGAGAUUCUUUGUUUGUCUUUAGAGCAAGUCUAGAGCUCUUGUUGGUUAUUGUUUUCUACUUUGUGUUUAUGUUCUGUUUCAGACUUUGUGUGUCGGUUAUAUCAGGAGAGAGAGAGAUUUGGGAGAUAGAGAGGGGAAAACAAAUAAUGUUUAUUUUAGAUUUCUAAUAAAAUAAGCUUCCAAUAA